CAAUUUGAAGAUUAGUGUUGGUGAAGCUGAGCCUGAGCAGGUCUCAUCUUCAUUCAUUGUCACUGAGCAACACUCUUCACAGCCAGGAAUCUCUGUGAAACUUCAACAACCAUGCACUCAUGGCAUCCAGUCAGUAGACACCUUCACUGUUGAUAACUACUUUGGUUUUGAUGAAGAAUCAGAAGAUGACCUACGGUUGUCAUUGUCUCCUGUGAAGAUGGCCACAAGCUUGAAGCCUGUUGUAUCAGUCCCAUUUGCAGUGAGCUCCACUCCAAACCUGAAACCAAGUUUCACAAGACCACAUGCUAAACCAUUUAGGUUGGUAAACAAAGGGCCAAAGACAGAAACUACUCUUAUGUCUAAGCCAGCUGUCUCAGAAAUGCCAGUUGCAUCAGAUGCUGUCAGGGGAGCUCACAACUCUUCUACUUCCGUUUUGUUCAUGGAUGAGAAUGUCCCAAUGCAGCACUUUGUGAAGCGACCACGCAGGUCCUAUGAGCGGGCCGGCAGAUUAUGUCGGCAGUCACGUUGUGAAGGGGAGGCCUUGAGUGAGAGUAAAGAAUGUAACAAGACACGAGCUAAGAGGAGUAAGAAGGCCAAAAUAAAGGAGAUUGUAAUGUCAGACCCAGACAUCAUGCCUCAUUUGCAGAUCCUGUACUGGAAUCUACAUAAACUGCAUCCAUACUUGGCUCAUCUUCCAGAAUUUCACGUCCAUUCCUCUCUUCGUCCCGUCCCUGUUCUGUCCCCAAGCAUCCAUCCAAGGUCAGACAAGACUGCAAUGCGAAAGAUGGGUUCCUCAUCUGGAGGUGGGAGCACUGCAGUGCACACACAGCAGGGCCAGGGGUUGGCAGCCCUGCUAGUAAUGAUUGCAGUACUGUGCUUCAUUCUUGCUUACUGCUGUUGGGGGGCGCCCUGUUGUCGCUCUUUCUGCCGUCGUCGCUGCUGUUCCUGUUGCUACAUCAACAGAGCGAGCAGUCAGGGAGAUAUUGAAGCACCAGCAUCUAACAUAGGGCUGAGUGUGGACCAGGGCAUGGUGGCCACCCCAACAAUAAUCUUGCUGCCUUAUGGCCGCAUGCUUGUGGUGGAUGGUUCUGUGUUUGCACAACUACAAGCAGACAGAAGUGGACUUGACCUUAUUGAGCUUGGGGAAAAUGUUGUGCAGGCCCAAGAGCGAUGCACGCCCACUGUCACGCUCAACAGCCUUGCAGACAGCAGCCCCAGUAUCCUGGAUGUGGACUCUGAGACCAACAGCAAGGAUGGCUGCAUCUCACCUACACUCAGUGGACUCCUCCCUCCAACCUAUGAAUCAAUUUUUGGAUGUGAAAGUUUUGCUGAUCUGCCACCAUCAUAUGAUGAAAUCCAAUCACAAGAGUCACCAGAAACUGUGAUUGAAGAGUACCAGCCAGGAGAAAUCCGGGAGAGUAGAGUGUGAUCAUAUAAAGUGACGGUGAUACGAGGGGGUGUGCGCAUGUGUGUAUGAGUGAAUGCCUGGCACUGGACGUGCAUGUGAUGUGCUCCGUCACAAUAUCAGUUGCUCUCCUUUUAUUCAUAACUUUUUCUGCUUUUGAAGCACUUAUUUGGUUAGGAUAGUAACUUGGUGCUUCUCUGACUUUAUUGUCAAGCAUGUGAGGGAGUUAAGUCUGUGUUAAUAGCAGGCUAUUUGAUCACUCACCUAUCUGCAAAUUAUAACUUUCAGGUCCUCUCCUACCUCAGCCAAUACUGAAAGAGCAUCGUUUGUAUGGCAUGCAACUUUGGAGAUAUAGCCACAAGCAUCUGCAAAAUUACUGGAAGACCAAAAGGCAGGAAAUGCAGAGUGCACAUGCAAAAUUGAUUCAGGUAAUUGAAGGCUGCUGCAAUAUUUCCAGUUGUCUGUUGACAUGUUCAGGCCGGGGGUGUUCAAAUGUUAAAAAUCUCCACCGUAGUAUAACGGAAGGUAAAAAUAUAUAUAUAUAUAGUUUAUCAUCAUAAACGUGUGGAUUUUUCACACACAAAAGCAGUUUCAAGAUAAAAAUGGGUUGCUUACAUUUUGAUGAUCGUUAUAUAUCGUUAAUACCACAGUUAGAAAACUUGAUCAUUGUAUCAUAGUAUAGCUAUUUACUAAUAAACACAUAUUCAUAAAGCACAGCUUUCUCAGAAAAUUACUCCCAGUGAUUCGCCUUUGUACAGUAUUUUUCAAAAUGCACCCCGAACAGAGGCCUACAUCACAUUUCUCGUAGUAAACUGUCAAGACUUGGUGGCAUUUCCUGUCUGAUGCCUGGUCCUCUAAGCAUACAUUUUGCAGUUUUGCUGUGAUUACCCAUCCAGUUUUUACUGCACUGCUGGAAUCCUGUACAGAAAAUGAUUCCUACUUCAGUGCAGUUGUGUUAUGAGUGACAACGAAAGGCUUGGUUUAUGGAUGUUCAGCAAGUCAUUUGUGAAAGCAUAACCUUGCUGUACUCUGCACUGAGAUUACAUUCAUAGGGGUUUCUCACUCAGAACUUGAUUCCAAUACUGCAGUUUCAUUUUUGCUAAUUUUUGGACGUUGAGUUUGUACUAGUACUAUGUUGGCCACUUGGCGUGAGAAGCCGUUUGGUAUUGGUACUAUAUGUAGACUGGACUUGUCAGUUUUGGUUUUAUCUCUUGUUCAUUUAUUACAAAUAAGACAGCUGAAUGGGUCUGUUGCUACAGGCGACAGCUUUUGGCUUCUACCAAGAUCAUUCAUUCUCUUGUGAUAAAACCAUUGCAGACCUUGUUUUGGUUUUAAUAUUGCUUGUGUUGCAGCCUGUUGAAGGACAUGAGGGCUGAGUUUUGUGUGCACAGUAUGACUGCUGCAUAAUACAGGGUGAUCCAACUGGUGUCCUGCAACAUGUACUGUGUGCUAUCAUAUUUAGACUCUGUAUCGUACACAGAGCUAAUACAAAAUUCUGAAGUGUGAAGAACUCUUUCAUGCUAAGGUCUUCAUGUUGGGAAGUUAGUAAAAUGCAACUUGGUUCAGCUAAUGGAUAACAGCAUGAGGGCUGCACAGAUAUGUAUUUAAGCUCUGGCUUGAUAGGAGAUAACAUGUAGAAGAUUAUAAACGUGCAUCAAGAUAUACAGAAUAAUAAUUUCCUAGAUUAAGUUUGGCUGCCCUUGUAUCCAGUUGGCACCUUCUACACACAAGCCUCAAUGUUAUCUCUUGCCAACAUAUACCACAUUAAUUACUCACUAGUGUCCACUGACCAGCAGACUACAAGAUACUACCACGCACAGUGAUCUCAGUGUAUUAACCAGCUCCACUUGUUAUGACAGGUAUACAGUCUGCCCAGCUCAACAUAAGGACAGAUCAAAAAUUUGUGAGCUGCUGCAUCAAACCAUAUUGUACCUGAUUUUAACAAAACAACCAGUGCAGAAGGGCUUCUACUACUCCGACUAAUGUGUGUUCAACUACGCUGCUUGUAUUUGUUUUACUGUUUAGGAUUGCCAGUUCUCAUAUAAUGAUUUUGAACUGGAUUACAGAUGUCGUGCCACGUACAGAUCUACAAUGGACAAUGCAGUACCUGUACUUGACGGCAUGCCCCUUAGUGUUGUCCGUUGACUGAUGGUCAGCAUAAAAACCACAUUUCACUGGCAUUGGUGUGUGGACUGGAUUAUCAUUAACUGGCACACAAUCUGAGAGAAUUGGCAAUCUUGCUACUAUGCUGCCUUAUGAAAACAUUCUAAUGAUGCUUGUAAGUAUGUGAAUUUCAUUACACAGAGCAGGACAUUAUUUGUAAAUCACAGCCAUUCAUUUGUUGAAGUAAAUCUGCAAUCUGUCAUGUAAUUCAGGUUUCGAACCAAGAAGGCUGCUGAAUUCAUUCGUUUCUGCUUUAGGUAAAAGAACUUAGUUUGGAGACGUUGGUAACCCUGCCACUCAAUUUAGUGCAUCACUGUUGUGUGCUUUUCCUUCAUGAACUUGAAGACAAAGCUACAACCACCAUACACAAUGAAUAAAGGCACCUUAACAUUUGCCAAAUUUGCUGUGUUAUAAAUAUGCCUUUCAGGUGACUUUCACCCUUAUGUUAUUAAAACGCAUAAUAAAAUCUCUAAAAACUUUA